AUGUCUGGGCUGAACCUUUCUCAAGUUCCAAAGAAACCAAGAGAAUGGCCUUCAAGCAGGAGUGGCAGUUCUGCCAAUAAGAACAAGAAACGAGUUGCAACAAGAUGCAAGCAUCGAGAGAGGGAAAUGAAUCCGUUGAAGGACAAAUUGAAAUCUGGUAUUUGUACCAAAGAAGGAAGUCGCAGUACUAAAGACAGUAAAGCCAUCCUUGAAGCACAGCACAAUCUACGUUUCCAACACAUUGGGAAUGAGAUGAAAGCUGAUUACCAAGAGCACAACGCUAUUCUGAUUGCUCGUUGCAUGAUGCAGAUCAAGGCCAAGUUCAAUACUGAUGAAGGUCUAAACUUCAUCGAACAGUAUUACAUCAAUCAAGGACUGAAGAACCAAGUUUGA